AAACAGAACGGGGACUAAAAGAGGACAGGACACGCUGAGGGCCUGGGAUAGCUGGAUAACCAAGGUGCUGCUGCAGGAGCUGUGAAGGAUCCCUGGUGCUGGAAGUCGGGGCCGGUCUCUGCGGCCACCUACACCAGAGCAAGAAGGCAGGGGGGAAUCAGCCUCUCCAGCGGCUGAGCAACUUGGCCACCGUAGUGGGAAAGAAAGCUCUUCUCCCUCUUUUCCCUCCCUGCAGCUCCUGGAAGCCCUGAAGCUCCUGGAGGAGGGGUGCCGAGGCGCUGUUGCUCGGACAGGCGGCACGGCAGCUCCUGGCGCUGGCCGUGCGGGAGAGGAGGAUCCCGCAGGGCCCGGCGGGCCAGCCCGCCCCUGCCGGGGUACCCAAGGCGCGGCGCUUCCCGGCUCCCAGCCCGCUAUAAGAGCGGCGGCGGGAGCGCUCCUGCCGGGAAUAGGCCGUAACGCAGUGGCGAUUCCCUCGACAGGCCAUGUCAUCCGUCAGCAUCGAGUGCGUGGCCAAGGAGCGCUGCAGGAUCGGGGAGUCGCCCGUGUGGGACGAGAAGGAGGGCGCGCUGCUCUACGUGGACAUCACGGGAAGGAAGGUGUGCCGCUGGAGCCCGCUCACCCGGCAAGCACAGGCCAUUCCCGUGGAUGCUCCUGUGAGCUCCGUGGCUCUCCGGAAGUCUGGGGAUUAUGUCAUCACCCUAGGAACCAGGUUUGCUGCUUUGAAAUGGAAAGAGGAGCUGGUAACCACCAUUACUCAAGUGGACAAGGAUAAAGCAAACACCCGAUUCAAUGAUGGGAAGGUGGAUCCUGCAGGGAGGUAUUUUGCAGGUACAAUGGCAGAGGAGAUUCGUCCUGCCGUGCUGGAGAGACGCCAGGGCUCCCUGUACACGCUCUUCCCCGACCUCUCAGUGGUGAAGCACUUUGACCAGGUGGACAUUUCCAAUGGGCUGGACUGGUCGCUGGAUCACAGAACCUUCUUUUACAUUGACAGCCUCUCCUACUCGGUGGAUGCCUUUGAUUAUGACCUCCAAAGUGGAAAAAUCGGCAACCGUAGGAGUAUAUACAAACUGGAAAAAGAGGAGAGCAUUCCUGAUGGGAUGUGCAUUGACACAGAAGGCAAACUCUGGGUGGCUUGUUAUGAUGGUGGGAGAGUGAUUCGCAUUGACCCUGAGACAGGAAAAAGACUCCAGACUGUGAAACUUCCCGUAGACAAAACAACUUCCUGCUGUUUUGGAGGAAAGGAUUAUUCAGAAAUGUUUGUGACUUCUGCUAGUGAUGGGAUGGAUAAAGAGUGGCUUUCACGGCAACCGCAGGCUGGUGGGAUUUUCAAGAUAACAGGACUGGGGGUGAAAGGAGUCCCACCGUAUCCAUUUGCAGGUUAAAUACAUUCCUCAGAAUGGAUUGGAGAGGGCUGAUGUAAGCGACACAAGUCGGAAGGUCUUAUCCUGGUGUUCAGCAUCUUUUGCUUGGAAACCAUGACACCAUUAUAAUAUUUCAUCAGGAAAGGAUGAAAAACUACUGAAAUACAUGGAAUAUUUUAAAACUGAUCUUUUUUCUCCCUUUAAACUUACUUUUAAUACAUGAUGAUGCUUUUUCUCCUGUGCUAAAAAGAUUCUCAUCCUAAUAAGCUACUGUUGUAAUUAUAUUUUAUGAUUAAAUAAUAUUUUAAUAUAGUUUUAUUGAGUAUUCUUCUGUCUCAUUUGCAACUUAUGCUAUAUUGUUUUACUGAUUAAACU